AUGGAAACUCGUCAGUCUCUAUCCUUGAUAUGGAUUCAACUACGCGCUCUUAUAUGGAAAGACUUGCUCGUCGUCUUGGUCCGUCGUAAAGUGACGACCCUGAUCAGAGCCUUUUUCCUUCCAUGUCUGGUCGUUGCAUUUCUUGCCAAUGCUCGCUACUUCUUCAUUCCCGACUCAUCCUAUGGCUUUGGUGAACCGGCCGCUAUCGAGUCUCUGGCAUCAACUCUUUCGAACUCUUCCGGAGGCCGCUCGAAGCUGGCCUUUGUCAACCCAAAGUCCAAUCCGAGUUUGACCGGGAGAGUCAUUACCGCAGUUACUGCCUCGAUUCCUGCAGACAUCAAAAUCAGCAUGUUGACAAAUGAAUCCGAUCUGCAGACAGAGUGUCGAAGCACGAUUACAGGCACAUCGGACUGCAUUGCUGCAGCGGUGUUCUAUUCCUCGCCGGAGGAAGGUCAGGACGUGCCCUGGAACUAUUCAAUCAGAGUCGAUAGUAGUUUAGGGAACAAAAUCGACGUCCACGGCCAUGACAACAGCGCCCAAACGAUUAUCCUUCCGUUCCAGCACGCUAUCGACAGGGCAAUUGUACACCAAUCUCCUGGGCUUGAUGAGGGGAGUUGGUGGACCGACGAAAAGCUCGCGUAUCCCUACACAUCCAUCACAACGGAAGAACGUCUCGCAACCAUUCGUGUCAAGUACAUGUCUUCCAUUGAGAAAGCAUUGGCUGUCGCGUUCUACAUCGGCGUGGUACCGAUCACAUAUCAAUUAACAGGAUUGAUUGCGCGUGAACGCGAAAGCGGCAUGACAGACCUUAUCGACACCAUGAUGCCCAUGAGAGCUGCUAUAUAUGUGACACCACGUUUGCUUCGGCUGCUCGGACAUCACAUUGCUUUGGAUCUGGUUUAUCUACCAUCGUGGGCGGUUGUGGGAUUCAUUCUUUCGUACACGGUUUUCACCGAGACGUCGACAGCCAUACUUGUCUCUUUCUCGAUACUUGCCGGACUAUCGACAGCUUCCUUCAGCCUGAUGGGGGCAAGUCUCUUCAGAAAAGCUCAACUGAGCAGCAUAACCGUCCUCCUGGUUUUACUUGUACUGGCCAUCAUUGCACAAUUCAUUCGACAGGCAAGCACUGGUUGUGUGGCCGUAUUGUCCUCUCUGUUUCCCCCUAUGAAUUUCGUAUUCUACAUUAUUCUGGUUGCUUCUUGGGAGGGACAAGGACUUGCCGCCAGCAUGAUUCAAAAAAGUCCGGCAAGUGCGCAAACCUUACCAGGUCUUGCGUUUUGGAUGUUUUCGAUACUACAGGUUCCAACGUAUUUCCUGCUAGGGAUCUGGGUGCAGAAGACCUUGUACACUUCGGGUUCUAGCCGGCCAAUACAGCAUGACCCAGAAAGCAGGUUCGCAGUGUCUCUCACAAAUGUGAGCAUAUUCUUCAAACCUAGCCUUAUUCCUAAAACAUGGUCGAGUUUAUCGGGCCAGCCUUGCACGGAAGUUAAGGCUGUUCGUGGCGUUGAUCUCCACGUAUUACGUGGUGAAGUAUUUGUUUUGCUUGGUCCAAAUGGGUCGGGGAAGAGCACAACAAUGGCGGCCAUUGCGGGUCAAGUUGCUCCUACCCAUGGACAUAUUACGUUCAAUUAUCGGCCAGACCAAGACGCGUUCGGCUUUUGCCCUCAAAAAAAUGUCAUGUGGGAUGACCUAACGGUUGUGGAACACGUAAAAUUCUUCAGUCAACUCAAACAGCCUCAAGAUCUGCGCGAUGUCGAAGUUUUCGAUCUCAUUGAUAGAUGUGGUCUCGGUGCGAAGACGCGAGAGUUCUCCAAAGUUUUGUCAGGCGGCGAGAAAAGAAAGCUUCAGCUCGCCAUGAUGCUAACUGGAGGUUCCAGCAUAUGCUGCAUCGACGAGGUAUCCUCUGGCCUGGAUCCGAUUUCCAGAAGAAGGAUUUGGGACAUUCUGGUUGCUGAACGGGAUCACCGCAGUCUGAUCCUGACUACUCACUUUCUGGAUGAAGCUGAAGUCUUAGCUGACCGGAUUGGAAUCCUUGCCAAUGGUAUGCUAAAGAAUUGUGGAACAUCGACACAAUUGAAAGCGACCUUGCCUGCCGUUCAUAAAUUGCGACUACACAGAGCGGACGCAAGAAUGGAGUCGGUUCACAAUCUGGCCUGUCGAUACGACAGAGAUUUUGCUGAGUUCUACAUUCACACCACGGAGACACUGAAGCAGAUCAAACACGAACUGGAGCAGAAGCGUGUGGCGGACUAUGAAUUGAUUAGUCCUUCACUGGAGGACGUGUUCUUCCAGAGCGUGUCCACCGAUUGGGAAUUUCAACCAACGCUUUAUCCGUCUUCCAGAUCCGACAGUGACUCUGACGAGAUCAUUGACUAUAUUGACGCCAAACAUGCCCGAGUGAGGGAGGAGGAGGUUCACGUCCACAAGAGGCGCCAUUUUGAACGUCGUCCAAGAGGGACGUUCUGCUCUCACACAUUUGUUCUGUUGAAGAAACGUAUCGUUCUGGCUUGUCGAAAUCCAAUCGUUGUCCUGGCUCCUCUCCUAAUUCCAAUCGUCGCAGUCUGCCUGGUGCAGUCGUUAUUAUUGAAAGGUCUUCCGUAUCCGACCUGCAAUUCCAUGGGCAGUUUACAAACACAUCCUUCCAUUUCACUGAGCAGUCAGUCUUCGUUGAGCGUUGUUGUUGGACCUCCUUCACGACUCUCUAAUACGGCACUUGAAUCAAUGUUAGCGGCAUCAGAUGGCAGGAUGAGUAUCAACAACAUCAUACCCAUCAACACUACCUCAGUAUUGAACGACAGAAUAAGAAAACAGUUUUCCAGCAUCACCCCCGGUGGCAUUUUUCUCGGUGACAGCUCCAACAGACCGCUCCUAACGUGGAAAGCAGAUGCUGGCUCGGGUCGAGAGGCACCAUAUAACGCUCUCAUGGUACAGAACUUGCUCGACGUCGCAAUGUCCAAUCAAAGAAUAGUGACGAGCUAUCAGCCCUUUGACCAACCCUCGAUCUCUGAUACGACCACAGCAUUCAAGGCCAUCAUUUACUUGUGUCUGGUUAUGAGCAUGUACCCGGCUUUUUUUGGACUCUACCCUGCAAUGGAGCGGAUUCGCCGGAUCAGGGAAGUACAUUACAGCAAUGGUGCACGUCCAGCCUCCUUGUGGUCUUCACAUCUUAUAUUUGAUCUGAUGAUCGUCCUUGUCGUGAGCGUCGUGACGGCAGGGAUUUUGAAUCUCCAACCGGGAUUGUAUUAUGGCGGUUAUCUCUAUCUGAUCUUCUUCUUGUACGGGUUUGCAUCGACCCUUUUCUCAUAUUGGAUUUCUCUGGUCGCGCCAUCUCAGCUCGCGGCAUUCGCAGUGGCGGCCUGUGCCCAAGCUGCGAUAUUCAUUCUCUACCUCAUCGGCUUUAUGGGAGUCCUGACCUGGGUCGAUGUCAAUCAUCAGAGGUCUGCACUGAAUUCGCUCAACUUCUCCACCAGCAUCCUCCUCCCUAUCAUCAAAUUGACAUACUCUCUGAUCCUUUCCCUGAACGCCUUCCAUGUGGCUUGUUCUGGACAACAUGAGAUGACCCCUUCUGCGAUGACUGCUUAUGGCACCCCAAUUGUGUAUCUGAUUGGACAGAUUCUGUUUUAUUCCUCAAUGAUCACGAUAUGGGAAGCAAAUCCCUCUACAUGGCGACGUUUCUACAGAAGGAGACAUCCGGAAAUCGAGAGAGGUACCGUUGUCUCUCCACCAACCCAGGAAGGUGGACUGUCUUUCUGGCAUAUCAGCAAAUCCCACAGAAAGAAACUUGCGGUUGACGACGUGACAUUCAGCGUCUCCCAAGGACAGACGUUUGCCCUACUUGGGCCCAACGGCGCGGGAAAGUCGACCUGCCUUUCGCUGAUCAGCGGCGUUCAGAUCCCCAGCACUCAGGACGGCGACAUCCGAAUCGACGAUCUCUCCAUCCUCGACCCGCGAACUGACGCCAGUAGGCAGCUGGGAACAUGCCCGCAGUUCGACGCCUUUGACUCACUGACCGUGAUGGAACAUCUCAUUCUGUACGCCCGGCUCCGUGGUAUUGCCCACGUGCACCAAGCAGCGAGCACGCUCAUCGAGUUUGUCGGUCUGAAUCAGUAUGCGGAUCGAAUCGCACACACUCUCUCUGGCGGCAACAAGCGCAAACUCAGCCUGGCCAUUGCCCUCACGGGGAAUCCGACCGUUCUGAUCCUGGACGAGCCAUCGUCGGGGAUGGACGUGGUCAGUAAGCGAAGCAUGUGGCAGACAUUGGAGUCGGUGUGUCGCGACCGAGCCAUCCUCCUUGUUACGCAUUCGAUGGAGGAAGUGGAGGCGUUAGCGAAGACGGUAGGUAUUCUCUCUCACGGGCGAAUGGUCGAGUCAGGACCCAUUAGGGAAUUAAAACGGCGAUACCAGGGUCAGGCCGUAUUGCUGCGAGUUGAGUACAAGCCUGGAUCUGCACAUACAUUCAACGCAGGGAAGAGACUCGGCCACUACACCUCAGAUGUCAUCGUCCACAAUCUAGCCUCGCAAAUUCCCAACAUCGAGAUCAGCUCCAUCGGCCGACCAAGCACCUGCUUGGGACAGGAGAUCGCGCGCCUCGAAAUCCGCCGCGAUAACUCACCCUUGGACACCACAGGGGCAGGAACAGGAAACGGCCCACUUGCUUUAGACGUGAUCACAGCUCUGGAGCCAAGGAAAGCCGCGCUAGGCAUCAAUUAUUACUCCAUCGAUGCCGUCCCUCUCGACGAGCUUUUCAUGAGCAUCCUGGAGCAGGCGGGAAACUACAAGGAACAAUGA